AGUUACUGUAGGGUCUCCCCAAAACACGAGUGGCUCUGGGCAUGGUUAUGUUAUUGUAGGGUCUCCCAAAAAUGGUGAGCAUGCCUCCCUGUUUGUGUUAUUGUAGGGUCUCCCCAAACCGCUAGAGGCCCCAGGCAUGUUUAUGUUAUUGCAGCGUUUCCCCCAAGACACUAAGGACGCCGGGUGGGGAGGGCCCCCGAGACGUCGCCAAGUCCAGCCCCCCUGUGCUGAGGCCAGGCCGGGCCUGAGGGGGCUUUGUCCAAACUGCUCUUACACCCUCCCGGGAUGGGGAUCCCACGACGCCCCCCCCCCCCCCACCGGAGGCAGAUUCUAGCCCCUGAGAGCGAGAAAGUUUCUCCUAAAGUUUCUCCUAAUCGCCGACCGAAAUGGCCCUGGCCGCCCUUCGCUCGUGUGUGCGACUCCCAAGCCCCAGAAACCCUGCAGGGGCCGGCCUUUGGGUGUGUUAUUGUAGGGCCCGCCACGCUAGAGUUGCCAGCCACAGGGCUCCCCCAAAACCCUACGGGCGGCGCCAGCCCUGUUCUUGGAGGGGCUUCUGGAAACACAGAGCUAUCCACACCGGUUUGUUAUUGUAGGGUUCCUCACAAGCAUCAGCCGCCCGCCCUCUUCUUGUUAUUAUAGGGUCUCCUGAGGCUCAGUGUGAUUGCAAGGAGGGGGUCCCUUGCAAACACCCAGCUACCCACACUGGUUUAUUAUUGUAGGGUCUCAUGUAAGCUGCUGGCCCUGUUCUUGCAAGGUUUCCUGCAAGCGCCGUUAUUGUUGGAUCUCCUGGAGGCCCCCAGAGCCCCUCCCCCACUGCACUGUUUACCGUAGGGCCCCCCUGUCUCAGUGGGCGUGGGGUCGCUCCCACCCACGGGACUCUGGACUCCGGCGAGUUACCGAUUAACGUGGGCGGGGGGGCAAAGGUGAGCCGGCCAGAGGGACAAGGGCCUGCAGACAGCCCCGAACCCGGCCCUCACCGGCCAUGUUCCAGCGCACCUGGUCUUACCUGCUGUACCUGUACGGGGCCCUGAUCACCGCCCUGAGCCCAUGCACCCCCCCAGCCCCACUGCCAGCCAGCAGGCUGGACGGGGACCAGUUCCCCUGGCAGUACCUGGGCACCUGGCACUUCAUUGCUGCAGCAGCAGCCACCCCUGCAGCCCUGAAGACCUUCGCGGGCACCGACGGCUCCGUCUUCCACAUGGGGCAGGGCCCCCAGCCCCAACGUUUGCAGCUCCGCGCCGCCCUCCGCCUGAAAUCAGGGGGCUGCAUGCCCAGAUCCUGGAUUUAUCUGCUUAAGGAAGGGAGCACGGACCUGGCCACAGAAGGCCGGCCAGGGAUGAGAACCGAGCUGUUCUCCAGCAAGUGUCCAGACACCAUCAUUGUCCAGGAAAGUGACCGAGACUAUCAAAGAAUCCUGCUGUACUCCCGCACCCCCCACCUGGCCAGUGAGUGCAUUGAGGAUUUCCGGAACCAAGCCUACUGCCUGGACAUGGAAGAAUUCCUGCUUAUCCCCCGCAGCCAAGACACCUGCCAGCUUCAGGAUUCCUGAUUGACCCACUGCCAGCCCCCCAAGCUGCUGUGACUGGCCCCCCGAGGAAACGCCCCCCCAAAGACUGACCCCCUCAUUCGCCUGGAGGAAGAAACCCCAUUUCCACAGAGCCUGUCAAAUAAAUCCUGAUUCUGCCGCA